CCGUUAAUCUGCAACCAUCUGCCCACAGCAUCGCCCGCGUUGGAGUGGAGAGGAAGCGGCGAGAAGCAGAUGGCCGGCGGUGGCGCCGCCGCGUCGGCGCUUUCGAGCCCCUGGAGAGCGCUUCUCCAGCGAGCGCUGAAAGCCAACGCCCACCUCAGGCACUCCACAUACUUCCAACUCGCCACGGUGGGCGGCGGGGGCAGGCCGGCGAAUCGCACCGUCGUGUUCAGGGGUUUCCAGGAACACUGCGACAAGAUUCAGAUUAACACGGAUGCCCGAAGCAACAAGAUUGGCGACAUCAAGAGUUGCCCCUUCGGUGAGAUUUGUUGGUACUUCACAGACAGCUGGGAGCAAUUCCGUAUCACCGGAAGCAUAGGUGUGAUUGAUGGUUCCAGUUCAGACCCUGCAAAGCUUCAGCAUAGGGAGAAAGCUUGGUUUGCAAGCUCAGUCAAGUCCAGAUUGCAGUACUUAGGACCACAGCCAGGUGUUCCUGUUGUAGAAGAUGACUCUGUUAAGGAUGUUCAUCUCGAUCCAUCAGGUGGCCCCGUAGAUGCCUUCUGCCUUCUGAUUCUUGAUCCGGAAAAGGUUGAUUAUUUGAACCUAAAGAACAAUCAAAGGAUGAUGUUCACAAGAAGUCAAAAGGAAGAUGGAUCCUAUGAUUGGAUGGCCGAGAAAGUAAGCCCAUAACUGGGACUACAUAUUUGUUUGUGAACUUAUGGUAAGAAAGGUAUCUUGGUUAUUUAGUAUCUUUUCUAUCCUUUCAAAUUGUUUAGAUGAGCGUCAUUAAUUUAUACAUUUGAGAUUUUCUGGACGAUCAUACAUUCGAGAGAUUGAGAAUCCUUUGUCUGAACCACAGUGAUUUGUUAAUUUAAUGUACCUGAACAUACAAGAUGCUUGUAAUAUUGCUAACUAAUGUCAAGGGGAUAUCUUGUUGAGAACUCUUA